AUGCUGUGUUCGCUAUACUGCGUUAGCGAAGUUUCUGCACAGGGAUGGAUUUUCCCACAAAAGGCAGUUUACCUCGAGGUGAACGACACAAUUCGAUUACAAUGCACUCUCAAUAUGCAUUCCCUCAAAGCACGAGGAUUGAACAGCAGUUAUCUAAUUUUUUAUAACCAAUCGGACAACCCGGUUCCACGGGAACAAGUGAAGAUCAUAAACUCCACUACCAUUGAAUUUACGGUGGAUCACGCGCAACCAAGCGCCAAUGCGUACACUUGCAAGCUGAAUGACACCUGGGGCAUCGCGAUCCGAACCGUCUACGUCGGGCACAAACCACAGGAAGUGAAGGACUUCAAGUGUCGCGCACCGCGCUGGAAGGACAAAAUGGUGUGCAUGUUCACGCCCGAAGUAAAUCCGGUGACGGUGAAUUAUACUCUGCAGUUUGAUUUUCAUCCCACAACACAAAGCUUAACUUGCAUGCUGAAGCACAAAAGAAAGACGAAUAUGAAGAAAUGUGUGAUCGAAAAGGGCUACAGGCUCGAGGACGAGUACUACUAUUUUACUCUGACCGCGAAGAACGAACUGGGUGCGCUGAGUCAAAGCUUCGUGAUCAACCAUUUCGAUGUGGUUAUUCCAUACAUAGAGGAAAAUUGCAACGUGGAUGCUAUCUCUUCGGACAGUGCCGUUUUGAAAUGGAAGAAGUGGUACAAAUACGCUUUUUUGAACCGGGAUUUCAUCAGCGAGGUAAAGUUACUUUCCAUCUAUGAUGACAACGUUUGGCAGAAUGUGAACAAUGAAGGCUUGGAACUUCACAACAUGGAAUAUGUGUUGCCGCUGCGCGACCUAAAGUACGCAGCAACCCGCUACGAUGUGCGAAUUCGGAUGCGCACAAACUCAUCCGAGCAGGGAGACGAUAUGUGGUCUAAUUACACGAGCUGUCUGUUCACCACGUUGCCCCGGAGGCCGGACAUGCCGCCUAAUGUGGCCGUGGGCAGUUUUGAACACUCCAAUGAAAAACGCCUGUUUGUGUAUUGGCGAGAGUUAGACAAAUGGCAGUAUAACGCGGCCAGCGGAUUCUACUACGAGGUGCAAAUGCAUCGUCAGGACGGUACAAUUAAAACAUGGAACGAAACCAUUGGUAUGAUCGCCGAAGAACUGUCACCCGAUAUGGACUAUUCCUUCCGCAUUCGAAGCGCCAAUACAGAAGGCACGUCAGAAAAUAGCAGUGUCGUGUUUGUGCCGAGCCAACGCCAUCGUCUCGCCAAACCGACAAUUGAGAAGCUGCUAUCCGAUUCUGGCGAAUUCACUCUCUCGUGGAAGCCACCUUCACGGGACGCAUCGUCCAUCACUAGCUACACUGUGUUCUGGUGCAAAACGAACAGUAACUCCCCGAACGAUUGCAAGGGAUCGAUCAACUUUACUACCGUGCCCUCGAAUCAGACGACCUUCGUUUUGUGCAACGGCGGUGUGGCGUUGAACUUUGCCGUUUCAGCCAAUGCCGACCAACACUCGUCCGGCAUGAUCUGGGCCGCCUGUACGGCAACGCACAAGACCGACAUCGGUAAGCUGAAACCGAUCUUGAUAACAGAAACAGCUUCGUCUUCGAUACAUCUGCAGUGGAACACGGAGUGCGGUGAUGUCGUGCACACAGGAUACAUGAUCUUCUACUGUAAUAUCAAUGAGCCACGCAUGCAAGACUGCAAGGAGCCAGAGCUGUCGAUAAACGUGACCAACAAAAAUCAGCAUUCUUAUUUGUUAGAAAAUUUGAAAUCAUACGCAACGUACAAAAUCGAAAUUGCUAUGUACUCGGAAACACACAUCGGCCCAAGGAGUGAACCAGCCUUCAGUACUACCAGAGAAUCGGGUGAGUUGCAGAAGUUUGUAGCAAAACCGCAAUAG